AUGGUCCGCUUCAUGGACGAACAAGACGCGCGUGCCCGCCGCGGCCGCGGUCCCUCUCCAACCCGCUCUCAUCACUCCAGUCGCGACAGAGAUUACUCCCCCGAUUUCAUCUCUGGCCCCGGCCGCGCUCCUCGUCCGUACGCCAGUGGUGCCAUCCCAUCAACAGCAACAGCACAUCCAGCACCGCCACCCGUUCCCUCCCCACCACUUUCUCCUCCUAUCUCUUACCGCACCGGAGCGGGGCCAGGGCCAGGAGGGUACGUCUACGACGACGGCCGAGACCGAAAUGGCACUCCGCUCCGGGGGAGAGAUCGCUCCUGGGAGCGCAGCUCCGGCAUUGGUAUCAAUCCCCCCGUCGCAGCGCGAACCAUCAGCGUCAGCAGGAGCAGAAGCCGGUCCCGCGGCCCAAGCCUAGCUUCAGCCCCAUCGGCAGCGCCCGGCACUCGCGAGCGGCACAUCGUCCGUGAGACCAAAAUCUACGGCGGCCCAGAACUGCGUGAUCCCGAGCGAGCCGUUCAAGCCCUGGCCGUCUCCGACGCCCGUCGGGCUCGCUCUCCCAGCCGAGACAGCCGUAUCAGCCGAAACGUCUCGCGCUCUCGCUCCCGCUCCCGCGGCGCUCGCAGCAUCUACACCACAGACGACGAGUCAGACUACCCCCGCUCUUCCCGUGGCGCAAGCCACUCCCGUCGACGACGCUCCCCUUCAUCCCGCCGUUCCCGCUCCCGCUCUCGCGCCCGCCGCUCCCCCAGCCCAGCAGCAGCACCCCUCCGCAAAGCCAAAGACCUCUACUCCUCUACUUUUUCCCCCUCCACCACCGCCUUGGGCGUCGGCGUCCUCGGCGCCAUCGUCGGCGGACUAGCAGCGCGCGAAGCAACUGAGCACGCACGUAAAUCGUCUCACAAUGGAAAAAAAUCCUCCCACCAUGACGGACACAGUAGCAGUAGCUCCAAGGGCAGGAAGAACCAAAAAGAAGAAGAGGAAAGAGAGCGUAAAGCGGCGCUGAUUUCCACUAUCGUCGGUGCUGCUGUUGGAGGGUUAGGGGCGAAUGUGAUUGAGAAGAAGUUGGAAGAAAAGAAGAAGGCGGGAGAAGAAGAGAAGAGAGCGAAGGAACGGGGAGGGGGGUAUCGGGAGUUGAGGGAUCGGGAUCGGGAUUUGGAUGAUGAUGGGUAUGAUAUUAGGGAUAGAAGGAGUAGAAGUCGACAUGGUGGUAGAGGAAGUAGUUUGGAUACGCCGGUAUAUUCGGAUGAUGAGGGGUAUUAUGAGAGUGCGGGGAGUGCUUAUGGGGCUGGUUCGAGGAGGGGAGGGGGUACAACGACGGUUAGGGGAGGACGUUGA